GAAGCCAAUAAAAAACCUAGCCCUGGGAAUUAGGGUUUCUUCAUUUUGUGAGAGAGUGUGAGAGAAAGUUCUUGCUCCAAUCAUGCCGGCCGGCCAUGGACUUCGAUCACGUACCAGAGACCUCUUCGCCAGGCCUUUCAGGAAGAAGGGUUACAUUGCUUUGACUACCUACUUGAGGACGUACAAAAUCGGUGAUUAUGUGGAUAUCAAGGUGAACGGCGCCGUCCACAAGGGUAUGCCUCAUAAAUUUUACCAUGGUCGCACAGGUCAGGUAUGGAAUGUCACAAAGCGCGCCAUCGGUGUCGAGAUCAACAAACAGGUCGGGAACAGAAUUAUUAAGAAAAGAAUUCAUGUGAGAGUGGAGCACGUGCAGCCUUCUCGAUGCACGGAGGAAUUUCGCUUGAGGAAGGUGAAGAAUGAUGAGCUGAAGGCUGAAGCCAAGGCCAAAGGCGCAGUCAUCUGCACCAAGAGGCAACCGGAAGGCCCCAAGCCAGGGUUCAUGGUUGAAGGAGCUCUGAUGGAGACUGUGACUCCCAUUCCAUACGAUGUGGUUAAUGAUCUCAAAGGUGGCUAUUAGAAUUUUCAUCUCUCUGAACUUCUGCCUUGUUUUGUUUUGUGAGUCUUAUUUUUGUUUGAUCUUUGCAACUGCUCUAAUGGUACAAUUUUCUCAGAUUAUGCUUCUAAAUUUUGGAAACGGAACUUGUAGAAUUGAAUUGUUUCUUAGUUUCUAGUUUUCGUCACAGUGUAGUUUUAGCUUAUUCAAAGAUGUUCUUGUUUCCAUUA